UUUGGCCCACACCGGAUGUGACGCGGCAGGUGACGAGUGCGGAUGUUUAGCGCAGCAGACACGAGUGAUGUCGCGGAUCGAAUCGAUGGCGAGAAAUGACUCUAAACAGCUCAGAAAUAAACCAGACGAACGAUAGCGGCAUACAUCAUCGUUACCAGAAGCUGAUCUGAUGUGGAGAGAGCGUCUGACAUGGCGAUGUGUCUCGGCGUCUGUCGUCUGCUGCUCCUCACGGUUCCUCCGAUGCUCAGCCUCUCCUUCUUCUCUCCGUCUCGAGCGUCCUCGUCCUGUGGGCCGGGCCGGUCCUGGGCGGUGCGUCUGGACGCGGGGCAAGCGGGGCGGUCGCUGGAGCGGCUGGCUCAGAGCGUGGCAGAGGAGGCGGGUCUGGAGAAUCACGGGCAGAUCGGGCAGCUGGAGGGACACUACCUGCUCUGCCAGCGACCGGAGAACAGCGCAGACGUGGACUCCACAGAGUCGGCUCUGGACCGAAACCCUCGUGUGCUGUGGCACUCACAGGAGCACAUCCUCAGACGGUCCAAGAGGAGCGUGACCUUCAACGACCCCAAAUACCCCAGUCAGUGGCACCUGCACAACGAUGUGAAACAAGGGAUGGAUGUCAAUGUGACCGGUGUCUGGGAGCGAGACAUCACCGGCGUGGGGGUCACAGUGGUUGUGGUGGAUGACGGCAUUCAGCACACACUGGCAGAUAUUCAGCCCAACUAUAGUCCUGAGGGCAGUUAUGAUCUGAACUCGAACGACCCUGACCCCAUGCCUCACCCUGACGGCCACAGCGAUAACCAUCACGGCACGCGCUGCGCCGGAGAGAUCGCCGCCGUCUCAAACAACAGCUUCUGCGCCGUAGGAGUCGCAUACGGAGCCAGAGUGGCAGGCAUCAGAGUUCUGGACGGACCCCUCACAGACAGCAUGGAGGCUGUUGCUUUUAAUAAGCAUUACCAAGUUAAUGACGUCUACAGCUGCAGUUGGGGUCCGGAUGAUGACGGCCGUACAGUUGAUGGACCGCAUCCCUUAGGCAAGGCGGCGCUGCAGCAUGGAGUCAUCGCAGGCAGGAGAGGUUUCGGUAGCAUCUUCGUCGUUGCUAGUGGUAAUGGAGGACAGUAUGAAGAUAACUGCAACUAUGACGGCUAUGCUAACUCCAUCUACACCGUCACCAUCGGCGCGGUUGAUGAGAAUGGCAAAAGGCCGUUUUAUGCAGAAGAGUGUGCGUCUAUGCUGGCGGUCACGUUCAGCAGUGGCAGCAGACAGCUGCGCAGUAUAGUGACGUCUGACUGGUCGCUGCAGAGCGGCACCGGCUGUACCGACGGACACACGGGCACAUCUGCGGCUGCUCCUCUGGCUGCAGGGAUGGUGGCGCUCAUGCUGCAGGUGCGGCCCUGUCUGAGCUGGAGGGACGUCCAGCACAUCAUCACCUACACAGCAACACAGCAUGACGCUGACGCUCAGGCUGACUGGGGAAUCAAUGGAGCUGGUUUCCACCACAGUCACAAGUACGGCUUUGGUUUGCUGAACGCCUGGAGGCUCGUUAACGCUGCUAAGGUCUGGGAGUCCGUCCCCUUCUUGGUGUCCUACCAGAGCCCAGUGUUAAAGGCCAAUGAGGACAUCCCAGAGUAUCCCAAAACCCUCACACACACCUGGAAUGUCUCUGUGUCUGAUCUGAGGCAGUCUGGCAUGCAGACGCUGGAGCACGUGUCUGUUACUGUGACCAUCGCUCAUCCGCGGCGCAGGAACGUGGAGAUCUGGCUCAUCUGUCCCAGUGGAAUGAGCUCUCUGAUCGGGGCCCGGAGAUCCCUGGAUGUAGAUCCGACUGGAUUCACAGACUGGACGUUUUCCACGGUGCGCUGCUGGGGAGAAAGAGCCGAGGGACAGUACACUCUACAGAUCACUGACUAUAAAGAGUCGACUCUGUCAUCGGGCGUCCUGAAGCACUGGAAACUCACUCUGUACGGCUCAUCUCUUUCUCAUCAGCAGGUGAAAGAGAGACGGAGGGUUGUUGAAGACGCCAUGGGUGGACAGUAUCUGGACAGCAGUUUUGCUCUUCCCUGUCCUCCUGGUAUCGACGUUCCUCCUGAGAUCGUGAGCCCGUUCACCUCGAGCAGCCUGAAGUCUCUGCUGCUGCUGGGCUGUUUCGCUCUCUUCUGGUCGCUCUAUUACACUCUGGAGGUGACCCUCACUCACUGGGACUGGCGCGGGUGCAGUAUGAGCGGCUCGGGACGGCACAGAGGCUUGCGGGCCGUAUCCACGGGCCUAGAGGACAGUCAAGUGGUGGAAAUCCAGCCGGAGAUGGACCAUGAGUCUAAAGUCCCGCUCAUUGCUGCGGAUGAGAACACGUAGCACUCAGGGAAAACCACCCCUCGCUCUUUGUCUCCGUUCCUUUCCUUUGAAACUUCAGGUUGCGCUUUUGAUCAUGUGAGCAGAUGCUCUGUUUUGAGUUGCCUUAUUUUGUUUUCUUUGAAUUAUUUGCUGGUGUGUUUAUGAGAAUAAGAGUGCAGUAUUUGCAUAUAUGAUUGGAUGAUUGAGAGAAUGUGUGAUGUGAAUGGCUGAGUGAGUUUUUUCUUGAUCGUGAUGCAUUGAAUGCGUCACUUUUAGGUCUUUUCUGAGUAUAAAUACCUCCGACACUUGAAUUUUGAAAGACAGAAAGAGAUUGUUUAAACUGGAGGUCUGCUCACCUGCAGACGUUUUACUGAAUCUAGCCUCUUUUUCUUUCUUUCUUUUUUUUUUUUAACACGGAACUGUGGUACUCUUGUGAACAAGAACUCAGAUGUGGUUUGAAUAAAACAAAAAGGGAAACUGUUUUACUAUCUGUGGGAUCUCUGCAUGGGUUACAGUGUUGUGUGGUUUUAGAUGAGCUCUAAAAAUAAACACAAGAUGAUGAUUGCA